GCUGCCUCGGGACAAGCAUGGACACAGACACAGAGCUGUGAAGAGCAGAAGUGAACAAACUGUGGAGCCCCAGUCGAGGCGGGGCGAAUUCUGUCGACUGCAGUUUUCCUCUGAGGGCUCUGUCUCAAAUAUUCUCGCCGACAUGCCUCGAGCAUGACAAUAAACUGGUUUAGCUGGGUGAAGGGGGGAAAAACAAUGUAACUCAACUCUUUCGAUAAGUCCCACCUGGACUAGACGCACGACGCAAUUGCGGAGGAAAACGCGGCGAAGAAGACAAGAUGACUGGCUUAAAGUUUAACCGACGAGAGGAUUGACGACGUGAAUAUUAGUGAGACAACAGUAUGGCACGUCGCUCUCAGUGCUCAUCUGCCGGGGAUAACCCCCUGGAUCCCAACUACCUCCCUCCUCACUACCGGGAAGAGUACCGCUUAGCUAUUGACGCACUGGUUGAGGAGGAUUUGGAAGGAUACUACAAGUUCCUCCAAAAAGAUGAUGUGGUGGACUUCCUGUGUACACCUGAGAUUCAGUAUAUUCAGAGCUCUCUUCAGGUCCCUCAGCAGAGCCACCACCCUGAACAACAUUUUCUGGAGACUGGGGGAGAUGGCUCUUCAGACACUUACUGGCCGAUUCACUCUGACCUGGAUGUCCCAGGUUUGGACCUUGGCUGGCCUCAGCUGCAUCCCUUCAUUGGGCCCACAGAGGUCACCACUCUGGUCAACCCUCCAGAGCCCGACAUGCCGAGUAUCAAGGAGCAGGCCAGAAGACUUAUCAAGAAUGCUCAGCAGGUCAUUGCUGUAGUGAUGGACAUGUUUACUGAUGUUGACAUUUUGGCGGAUAUUCUCAGUGCUGCCAUGAGGAAUGUUGCUGUCUACAUCCUUUUAGACGAGCAGAAUGCACAUCACUUUGUCAACAUGGUGUCCAACUGCAGGGUCAAUCUACAGAGCAUCCAAUUUUUACGUGUGAGAACAGUGUCUGGCAUCACGUAUCACUGCCGCUCAGGGAAAUCCUUUAAAGGUCAGAUGAUGGAUCGCUUCUUGUUGACAGACUGCAGGGCUGUGUUGAGUGGAAACUUCAGCUUCAUGUGGUCUUUUGAGAAGCUCCACCGCUGCAUGGCACACCUUUUCCUUGGACAGCUCGUAGCAACCUUUGAUGAAGAGUUUCGGAUUCUGUUUGCUCAGUCCCAACCACUGAUGAUUGAAAAUGUGCCCACUCCAAUGGAAGAGUUUAGCCUUUUACAAAAGAGGCAAUACCCAAGCGAACGAACAUCAUUGUACAGAGAUCCUAGGAAAUUUCUAUCACUGGAAACUGUUCAUCCAGAUGACCGGGUUAGACAUUCCUGUGAUGAACGUAUGGAUGUGGAUUGGAGAAUGAUACCACUUAAAAGGCAGGGAUCCCUGCAUGGCCCUUCAGAUAUGUACAGGUUUCCCUCCCAGCAAUCUCACAUGGAUCCGCCUUUUGAUCAGGGUUCCCCCAGGAAGCCCAUGAUGGAAAAUGCUGCCUUCAAACGUCACAGUUAUGCUGAAGGUGUUCAUGGUAGAUUCUCUUACCCGUUCUUGCAGCAACAGGGAAUGCCAGAGCCUGAGAACCAGGGAAGGAAGUUUCACAGGGGGCAGCAGCCCUAUCCAGGGUCCGGACCAGGACCAGAAGCAGAUUACAGUGGCUAUGACAAGUUCUGGAACCAAGACCAUCAUUCAGCAGAUCAAUACUCUGAAUCUGGUUUACCACAAGAGAGGCAACCGUCUGAUAACUUUGACCCUGUGCUUAACUAUUUAUCAUCUACCAGAAAUGUGGACUUUGACCAGGGCUCGGAGAAAUUACCUGCAGCAGAUUUACCAUUCAGUUCAUCUCACCCUAGAAGACUGAGCUUAGGCCAGCCAUAUGCCUGUCAAACCUCUCCCACCGCUUCAAAUCCAACUGAUCAGAAGCAGUUUUUCCCGGAGCCUAACACUGACCGCAAGGAUCCUACAGUGAAACGAGGGCUAAGAAACUGGAGGAUUAGCUCAUACCUCAGUGCAUAUGAUAAUCCAGGAGAUGAAGGCCUCCCACUGAUGCCAACUCAGGCACCAGACCCUUUUGAAGAGCCUUCAAACCCCAUACAACAAAUAGCACCAGGAACAGAUGUGUCAUUUCCUAAAAUCCCAAAUGUUAGAGAGUUUAAGGUUCCUGCGAUGCCCAGGGCAAGUCACCUGCCGAAUUAUAUGAAAACCACUGUACGAGAGCAGUCAAAGAAAUUGCCUGAUGAACCUACUGCAGUGGCAGCAGAAUCUAAAACAACACCAACACCUUCAGAAUCAUCGUCCACAGCUGAAGGGGAAAAGACGGAGGAAGCAGAACAAAAAGAAACAAAAACCACCGGUCUACGAAGGGAGGAGUCAUUCCGUAGGAAGUACAAUGCUGCAGUGCCAAGGAGCUCCAGGUUAAGAUCCUCUCUGAUAUUCAGCUCUCUUGAGCAGCAGCAUGCUCAAGAUACCAAAACUGCUCCAGGCCAACAGGAUGAGGAAAGUGACACAAACGAAGCAGAACAGACCAAAUUACCUUUUGUUUCACAGGUUUUAGGAAAAAGGCGACCUGCAAGAGAACCUUUUGAAUGGAGCCGUUACAUAAAGUCAGCCACAGAAACGUCCAAACCAGACAAUGAAACCAGUAAAGCAGAUGAUAAAGAUACAUCAAAGGAAGAAAAUUCAAAGGAUCCAGAUACACAGAAAACAGAUUCUUCACCAUCAAUGCCCCAAUCCAAGCCUUCUGAAAACAAAACUGAUCAACCAGUACAACCACAUAAAUCUUUGCUCACCACUCCAUUGAAUAUAGAUAUGAAUGAUCCUGAUAAGAGGCUCUUGUUCUUCAAAGAGUUGGCAGCAAAACGCAAAGCCGCUAAGGCAGCAGAAGCUGAAAAGAGCAAAGACAAGGCUCCGAUGAAACCACCAAGUGAGCUAAAAACCAAUACCACUGUUAAAAAGGAGGAACUUGAACCGAAAGAAAACUCAGAAAAGAUGGCUAAUACUUCACUGUCUGUGGGUUUAUCCCCAAAAAAUGUUACUGCAGAUGAUGCAAAUAAAACAGUAGCCACAGAAGCCUGUGAGUCAGUCAGUCUGUCUUUAGAUGCCAGUGAUAAGACCAACAAGCAUGACAGUCAUGUCAAAAAUGAACCCAGUAUCUCCCAAAGUUGUAAAGAGGAGGAAACCAGAGUUUCAACUGUUACAGAGAAGACAGAGCUGAAAAGCAGCCAACCAGGAGCUUCUCUGCUUGUUUCUGCAGAAACAGAAUCUCCUCCAAACAAACCUCCUGAAGACCCAAAGCUGUCAACACCCGCUGUAAAAGAGAGUAGCCCAAGUCAUCCACCUACACCAACAAAUGCUACCCCUGCUACUGCUCCUUCUCUUGUGCAAGGUACUGAUGAAAGUGAAAGCCCAAAGCUUAAUUCUACCUCAAAGGAGUCCAGUUCACUCCCUCCUAGUUCAGUGGAGGUCCCACCAUCUUCUGCAUCUGCUGUAUUGAAUUCUAACACCCAAAAUCCUGAAUCAGUUCAGUUAGAAACCAGCAUCUCCUCCCCUGCACCUGAACAGCAGACUGGAUCAGAGUUGAGCUCUUGUGACCAAUCAGUUAAAAGCUCUUUCUCUGAUCACAUUCUGUCAGAUUCUGGUACACAGAUCAGUCCAAGUCCUCCAACCUCGAAAUCUGCUCCUCUUUCCACCCCUGAAGAGACUUUAUCUUCUAAUGUUACCCCAAAAGACUCCAGCUCCACCCCCUCCUACAGCAUAUUGUCUCCAAAUUCUGAUGAAACAGAAGCACCGGAAUCUGUCAGCUCCUCACCAUGUGAGUCACUCCAAACAACUGACAAAACUUCUACAGUAUCUACAGAGUCUAAGCAAGCUCAUCCAGAUCCUGUUUCCCAGUCUAUGUUGUCUGAGAACCCUUCAGCAGUUGUCUCUGCACAUGUGGAAUCUGAUAUUUCUCCUGAUGCAUAUGCUGCUUGUGCAGAACCAAACACAUCCUCGUUACAGUCCACCACAAAGACAAACUCUGAAAAAUCUUGUGCUCCUACACCUUUGGAAAAAUGUGUACCUGAACCAGAAAAUGACUCUGUUCUAAAGGCUGUUGCAGAGGAAUCUGAGGUAAGAUCCUCAAAGGACAUCAAAGCUGAUAGCACACCACCUAGUCUUAGCCCCUCAUCACCCAAGUCAGGUUUACCUAAUGUAUCUGAUCUGGGAAGUUCUCCUAUUGUUUCCCAGUCCAUAACAAAUGCAUCUCCACAAGAUGCAUUAACACAUACAGCCACUCCCUCUGAACUUAACCUGACAGGAUCUGUCGCUCCUGCUCCUGUUGAAACAGAGUGCUCUUCUCCUCUAACUGACUCAGUUGGAUCAGUUUUGUCCCCUGGGGCUAAAAAAACAGAAACCAACAUGUCUACAUUGUGCAGCCCCUCAGAUACACCCUCUCUUCCCAAGAUUACAACAGACUCGAACAAAAUUCCAAUGCUCCCAUCAACAGAAGCUUCUAGAGCAACUGAGCCUACCUCAAAAACCCCAACAGAGCCAGAGCCAACCCCUGAAUCUGUGACUUCUGAAAGCCAACCUUCAGAGCCACCCGUGCCUGCUGAAAAUAGUAAAGUAGACCAUCAGAGUGAAGUAAGCAAAGAGCCUGAAUUGCCCGACCCUGUUGAGAAAAAUCCAGAGGACACUGAGGCCACAAAUAAGAUCAAUAAAAGCACUACGCAGGAAUCUGUCAAAAGUGAAAAAACAAAUGACCAAGUAAGGCAAAAUAACCGCUCUGAACCGGCAGAGAUCACAACAGAAGAAGUCGUUCCUCUGUCACCACACUCCAAGCAGCCAAAGUCUCGCUACCACUCAUCAACAGCCAACGUGCUCUCAAGCAGCAACCUCAGAGACGAUACAAAGCUGCUUCUAGAGCAGAUUUCUGCAAAUAGCCAGAGCAGGAACGAGGCCACCAAGGAGUCUCCUGUCACUGAUGACGAGAAAGAAGAUGAAGCUGACAAAAAUGCCAAAAGGGAGAAAGAAAGAGGGAUCAGGACACUCAGCAGAGGGCAGCCUAAGUCAUCACAGGAAAGGGAUAAGCUGCUGGAGAAGAUCCAGAGCAUGAGGAAGGAGAGGAAAGUUUACAGUCGAUUUGAGAUGGCACCUUAACCGGUAUUUAAAGAAAGUUAAGAGAAAAAACAGUGCGCACAGUAAGUGUAGGAAGAAGGUGAGCUCAAGUAAAAACUUUGAAUGAUGAACAACACAUGCUCUCACCGAACACAUGAACUUCAAGGGGUAAAACUAAUACAAAAUAAUACAAACCUGUUGUCCAAGUGACAUACUAUGUUCAACAAAGGGCUUCUUACUGUGGGUGAAUUGCCAAGUUGCUACCAGUGAGAAGUACAUGGACUGAGAACAUAUGUGGGUUUAAAUACGGUUUUACUGACUGCAUGGGUAAAGUGCAAUGUGUGCAACAGAUUUUUUCUAUAAUUAUUCCUGUCUUUUUUUUUUUUUUUUUUAAAGCAUUGACAGCCAUUACAUAAAUGUCAGCUGGUUUUCAGGCAAAAUGUGAUGUUAAAGUGUAAUAGAUGAUCUAAAAUAGUCAGAAAACCGUAGUUUUUAUUAUAGUGUUUCACAAUCAUGUUAAAUAGAAGAUGAUUAUUACACAUAGCCUACAUGUAUUUGUGAAAUAGGUGGAUAUUUAAAUUCAUAUCCAUGAAAGGCUGAUAUUGUUUUCAUGUAAAUAAAUUGAAACUUUAAUUCUUUGUAAUCUGAAUUAUACAUUGAAUUUAAAAUGGAAAUAAACCUGAGAGGAUACCAUCUUAAACAUAUGUACAAUAUAACUGUGUAAAUUAUUGCACACUAUACAGUAUGUAGUGUUUUUGGUUUCUUUUUUCUAUUCAAUAUUGUUUAAUAGGAAUCGUUGAGGUUACAUGUCAUUUUUAAAAGCUACAUCUGGUUGAUUUAAAGGAUUAUUUCACCACAAUUACCUAAAUCAUCCAAAGUAUUUAUACACAGUAAAAUAAAUUGUUUUUAUUUUGAUGAUAUAUGAAACACUUGCUUUUAAAGUGUUUAAAUUUGGCCAUUCAAAGCCAAAGCUAUCUGAAAAUAUGGGUUUUUUUGUAAUUUGCUACAACUAACCCUUUAACUGUCUCUGAACAUCUGCCUGACCCUGUAAUUUAAAUGAAAACUUGCCAUACCUGUACAUUAAAACAAGAAAUUCUAAAACCACAAAGAAUUUACAUAACAGUAGGUAGAGUUGUGCUUAUUAUUAUGGAUUUAUAAUACGUAUCUUCUGCAACAUUUUAUAUUUGUAAAUAAAGUUUCUUAAAAAUUA